GUCAGUCUACCCACCAUUCCAGACAACGGGACUUUGCGUGUCGGUGUAAACGUACCGUUAGGAGCAAUUUUAGGCUAGAUUCCUCUGUAUUUUUUAAUGUGUGCAGUAUCGUUAUAUAUCCAGGUGUAGGUUAUGGCAUUCCACAUUCCUCACAUCGCACUGGGGGACAAACUAUGGCUCCUACACGCCGCUGCGUUCGUCUACUACAUCACUGUGUCUGUCAUCUUCCUCACCACCGAUCUCUACAUCACCAUACCUCACAUCUACGCAGACUAUGAUUUUACGGGGAUUUUAUUACGCUACCUGCUGACGGUGUACAUCUUCUUCAACAUGGUGGCGAACCACGUCCUGUGCACGAUCACCGACACCACGUACCGCAACAGGGAGGACCCAGACCCGGUACCGCGGGCGUGGGGACACUGUAUGACCUGCCAGGUUCAUACACCACCUCGUACCUGGCACUGUAGUAUCUGUCAUAACUGUGUCCUUCGGCGGGACCACCACUGCUUCUUUACUGCCAGCUGUGUGGGUCAUCACAAUCAAAGGUACUUCAUCGUCUUGUCGUUCCACGUUGCUGUCGGGAGUCUAUACACCGGGCUACUUAACGCCGGAUAUCUUCACCAUUACUACGUGCCGUUCAGCGGCACUGGGGUAUUCUCCUACCUGUUCCCGGUGGCGUUCUACAAGCUCGUGGCGGGCCAAACGACCGGGUUUCUGGUCUUCAUGUUAGUCAUGACGUACGUCGCCUUUGGUAUGAGUAUCAUGACGGGAACCCUGUUCGGCUGGCACAUGCUCAAUGCCUACAACGGACAGACAUCGUGGGAGUCCCAUAACGAGAUACGGACCUACGACCAGGGACCGGCGAAAAAUCUGUACGAAAUUUUCGGAAGUUUCUGGGUUCUGAGUUUCCUGAUACCUCGGCAGACCGCGCUGCCCGGUGAUGGUAUAGAUUGGCGACGACCGAAACCUCUGAAAUCCUUGUAAUUCUUAACUCUGGCAUUUCUGUUUUUCUGUUGGUUGCUUUGAGAUUAUUUUACGUACUUAAGUUAAUAUCAGAGAAUUUUAUGUAGCAAUGUGUUUUUAUACCAUCCUCGAGUUGUUUGUUAGAUUGCAUUUGUAUUUGUUUAAAUUCCUUUGUUCACUUCUGCAGUGCCCAAUCGGGCAUGUAGAUACAGCAUUAUUUCAUGUUUGUACAUAUUUUAUACAUUUAUAAACAUAUAAUUGUUCCAUAUCAGGUCUACACACCACGUGCAAGAUGAAUGUGUGAGCAAAUGAAUGAGCUGAUGAAUGAGCGAAAGAAUGAAUGAGUAAAUGAAUAUGUGA